ACUCAGGGUUGGUGGGUGGUGUCUUCAGGGCUACCCUCCUAAAGGUACCAGUCAGAUCCCUGUGUUAACUGAUCAAUAAGGAAAGCAAGUGAAGAAGAGGAAGAGUAGAAAAUAAAGGCCAGACCUUUGAAAAUGGGCCUCUCUUCAUUUGAGGAGCACAGGACAUGGAGGAGUGGACUUUAUAGUGAUUUUGUGAUUUUAUUUCUAUAUUGGAAAUGGCUUCUACCAGUCUCAACCCCUUUGCUGACCACAAAAGAAAGGCCUCCGGGUGCAACUUAACUACCCCUUUCCAACUGUUAACUCAAGAUCUUUUAAAGCAAGUGGAUAAUAUUCUUCUGGGUUCCCUGAAUAAACAGAAACCCUUGGUACUUAUCCAGGAUCCAGCGGCUUGGCCAGCUGGAGUGAUCUCCAUCCUGGGGCUCCCGUCCAGACAAUCUCCCACUGAGCAGCCCAGGCCAGUGUGUGGGGCUUCUAAUCUUUCCUCCCUUUCUCCCUCAACUAAGCCAUCAGUCCCUGGCAGCCUGGAUUCCUCUACUCGAACUCCUAUCAUCAAUUCCUUGUUCAUUCUGAUGAAUCAGCUUCGACAGUUCUGGGCUGACCACUUCUCCCGCCGUUUCGCACCCAGGCGGCCUCCACUGCGCCAAAUCUCCUCCAUGUCCACCUUCUACCUCCUGGACCACCGCACUCGCCAGGCUGAGCUGGGACUCAAUUAUGGUUCUCCUCGAACUCAGCUCAGCGACCAGGCCUUUAUCUUCGAGGCUGGGAGGUGGGUGAUGGAAGGAGGCUACCGAACCAACUUGCACCCCUUGAACCUCACCACUUACUGGGAGCCUCUUGUCCCCCAGGGCAAGAACAAGGCACUGUUGGAAGAAAACAACUAUCUGAAGCUCCAGCAAGAACUUCUCAUGGAUAUGUUGACUGAUGCCACAGCCCGGCUGCAACUGCUGGAAAAGAAGUUUAAUGUAGACACGAGCCCUUUGUCUGCUUCCUGUGUCUGGCAGAAGAAGAUGAGGAAGAGGGAUAGAAUGCGGUUGAUACAAUCCACAGCCCUUUUCCCCAGGUGAUGGGGGAAGACUCCCCCACUCCCCACUCUCAGACACCUGAAUAAAUGAUGGAAUGCCCCAGAGGGCCACUCAA